AUGGCGGAAAUUGCACUCUCCGCGCAGCACACGCAAUCUGGUAGCAUUGGAAACAUGCUUCCACCGACAAUGAGUGCUGCGCCCGAGAUUGAAGUGGUGAAGAAUCCCGACUUUUCAUUUCCCCGGCUACAGCAAAACUCGCAGGAAUGGGAGCCUAUCACGAAGUCUCCCUCUCACAGACGGCCAGUCUCUAUCAACAUGGACAGCGUCUCCUCGCGCCCGCAGACUGCUGAUGCUGUUCACAAGAACACGGGGUCCAAACUGCCUAGCUUUAAUUUUCAUCCCGGCAACGCGACAGGUCUGCAUGGCCAACAAGAGACCGAGCCGGAACCUUCGCAUACACAUUCACGAAACGGGCACAAGAGAACCAAGAGCGAGUACGGUGGAGGCUUUGGAGUGCCGGGUGCGAUCAGCUCAAGCCCGACGCGAUCAUCAGUGCUCCAAGUCCCGCAGCCUGGCUCGGGACGUGGUCACGCACAUCGAAGAUCUCAAGGUGUCUCGAGUCAUGACCUUGCCCAAAUAAUGCGAGCGUCUGACCCUUCACCCCGCCUUAGCAGCAGUCUGCCGAAUACGCCGCUCGAGCAUCCCUCGCAUCCCUCGGAAGCUCCUGUUGUACUGGCAUUGGCAGAUCCCUUCAUUGCACCCGACGAUGAUGCAUCUGCUCGACCGCCUUCUCGUCCGCGUGUUGAGUUCUCUGAGAAUGUGGAGUACAUACCUCGGCCACUCUCCACCAUCUCCUCUGAGACUGAGAGCUCGCUGUCGACCAUCCGGGGACAUUCGGUGAACAACAGUAUAUCCUCAGUGCUCAGCUUGAGCACACCAAGUCCACCAUCCUCUCGCGCGCGUGGUAUCUCGCUUGGAACCACACUAGAACAUGAAACCCGGUCGAUGCCAAAGUCCUCAUUGGACAUCAGCAAGAGAGUGGAAAAGGAAGGAGAAUGGCUGAAGCAUGGAUCGUCCACCGCGAACGUGAAGCGAGCCGCAACGCAGUCAGUUGCAGAUUCUGGCAGACUGACUUUCGCUGUGGGAGAGGGGCUCCCCAAGUCACGCACAGCAGAAAAAAAGCGCCAUUUGAAGGACCAUUCGCUUGGUUUCGAUCGCCGACGGAGCGAGCCUGCUAUCGGCAUGCACGCUGGAGAGCCUUCGCGUCUCUCUGCUUUAUCUCUGCAAGAACCUGCUUCCCAUGCGCAACCACGAAUCGAAGAGGACGAAUAUACAAACGACAACCGACGAUCGUCCACUCGACGCAUCAAGGAUUGGGCCGUAUCUAAAAUCACUCGCAGAACGAGGCCCCAAUCUGAGUGCAUCCUGCCGCGUCACACGGCUCCUUCAGACACUGUACAGCCUGUUGCCGAGACCGAUCUGGAUGCAGUCUUUAACAUGGACGUUGACGAUGUCCAGUCGAGCGGCAUUCAGGUGCCUCCCCUCGCCAGCACUCACACACCGUCAAUCAGCCACCAGAGCAGCUUUGACGAAGAUAGUGAAGAUAUUGGAAUGAUGCUGGAUCUUGAUGCCGCACUUGGCCCGUUCAAAACCCCUGCCCUCGGUGUGCAAAAACCUCGCAAGCAGCUUCACAGCUUCAAUCACCCGAAGGAGACUUUCACAGGCCCUGGUCUGCACUACCAACCAUUUCAUCACGGACGUACCCUUAGUGCGCCUGCUCUUGCGGCUUUCGACCAGAUCAGGACCGGCACGCCUCCUCUGCAACCGAUGGCCGAUGUUUUCGAGGAGGAAGAAGAAGACGAGCUUGCGGCGGCAAAGCCACUGAGUCCAUCGAGUACUUCCUCUGGGGCUGAUGAAACAGCGGGUAUGGGCGUGUCGAUUGUUGAUCAAGAUGAAAGCGCACAACACCCGACGGCGUCGCAAGUCAGCCCCGAUGACGGGCUUGGUAUUCAUCGCAGCGCGUGGGAACCUGAGCGCCCCACUACUUCCUACGGCAACCUUGGCUCCAGGCUAUCAACACAUGGACUCGAGCGGCGGGCCUCUUCCAUCAUUGAUCAAACAAUCGUAGAAGAAACAAGCCCAGUGGAUUCGGUGGCCAUCGUCAAUGAUUAUGAAGAGCCUAGAGCACACUCGCUCACGAAGUCAUCUGACAGCAGCGAAGCACCGACAAUCCUUGCCGCCCCGGGCAUGCUGUCCAUACCAGACGGCGAUCCGUCCCUCACGACCCCAGAAACGUAUCAUUCUUCAGCCUUCUCGUCGCCGGACUUUGCGCGACGGAAAGGCUCUUUCGAGACAUCGCGCGUUGGUACUUCUGCGUCCUCCAUCACUACCGACAACCGCACCAUGAGUUCUUACACAACAGGCGAGCCCGCUCAGGAUAAUCGCGUGUCUACAGACGACGUGCCUUCACUCACCAGCUCGCGAUCCACAAUGAUCAGCACUAUGCAUGCCAACUCAUCUCGCCGAGAUGUAAGCGGCAUCAGAACGCCAUCACUAUCUUCUGGACAUCUUGAUCCUGCUGUGGCGGCAGAGCGGCGCAGAAAACGAACUAGCAUUCAAAGCUUAUCACAAUUGGUGGGCGGGUCGUUUGGACCAAGGAACACUGGUGUCGACAACUUUAGACCGCAGACCGCGAUAGAUGCAACAGUCCUCGCGCCGGCUCCAAAGAAGAAGGAGCAUCGAUUGAAGAAGCUAAUGUUCUGGAAGUCGAAGAAUCGGCAGGCCAGCACAUCUACGAUUUCUUAAGGAAAGUCAUUGGUCAGAAAGGAGAUAAUAGAUGACACAGCUGGCAGAUUUUCAAGAGUAAUGACUAAUUAGUAGGGCGGGGCGGGGCGGGGCGGGGAGAGAUUCAGGCGCGAUUCACGAGCGUUUAGGCAUGAGGAGCUCUAGGGAACUGGGUAGGGUAUGGUAUGGUACGGUACAGAUGCGGGUAUUUGCGGGAGUUAUGGGCGGACAUGUAGAGGCGCGCUCAUGAGGAGUUCACGUCGGCCAGUCAUGCUUCGCAUGCACGAGAUUUUGCAUUUUGGAGCAAGGUAUUUGGGACGUGGUCUAGGAUGACCAUGAGCAUCACGAAUAGGAGAGACAUACUUCGGUACGGCAAUUGAUGAAUGAAGAUAGCUUGGAACAAGACAACAUCUUCUCGAUUGG